AUGGAGACAUAAAUACUAUUAAAUCAAUUAGUAAAACAAGUGUUUCCAGAUUCAAUUGAAGAUAGUACAUUAAAUAACUAUAAAACCUAUUUUUUAAGAAUUUUGAAUGUACGAACAGGUAUAUAAUUGAUGGAUGAAUCAGAACUUCAAGCAGAAAUGACUAAAAUGACUAAUGUAAUAUCAUAUCUAAACAAAAGAAAUCAUAAGCAUAUAGAUUGCAAGAUUGUAUCAAUCGAUUAAACAAAACGAGAUUAAAAAAAAAUGAACUAAUUCAUUUCCUCUUUCGUACAAGUUAAUUAGGAUUAAUUAGGAUAAAAUAAUAGUUAUACUAAUUAAACUUUAGACACAUUAUUUAAAUCAUAAGAGAUCUCUUAAAUAAAUUAUUCCUAAACUAUACCUAAGAAAAUUAUAGAAGAGAGUCCUAUAAAUAAUGAUUGAAUGAAUAUUAUUCAAUAAAUAACUGAUAAAGGAAAUAGAACUCUAUCUAUUACAGAAAAGAUUUGAUUAAAGAUCUAAUAUUUAGCAUAUAAGGUAUUGAAAGUUAAUUCAUAUCUUAUGAUCCAAUAAAUGAUUAAUUUUAUGUGAAAAAAGAUUUAGCCAUUAGUUCUGCUAGCAGGAAAUUACUUAAUGUUAUGUGUGAAUGUGGAUGGUUGUUCAAAAAAAUAUAAACAUUCACUUAAUUAAAUUAUAAUAGUUUAGUAUUGUAAGCAUUGUAGAAAUCAAUUAAAGAAGAAUUAAAUGAAUAUUACAGAUUGAUUGCAUAUUUUGAAAAUCUUCUAGCAGAAUCUACCUUAACAUUAAGAAGAAUGUAUAUGUGGUUGAAAUAGCCAAUGCAUCAUUUAGUUUAAAUUAAUUUAGUUUUAUCCUAAAUUUUGAAUAAUAUUUAAUUAAGAACUACAUCUUCAUUAGUGAUUUCUAUUCUCUGUAGAUAUUCAAAACAUGGUUGUCCAUAAACAUCUUAAUUAUUUUCUAGAAUAUUACAUUAAACAACUAUUCCAAUUGUUAGAUUUAUAAAUUAAUGGAUUUUUGAAGGAUAUUUAAAUGAUUAAGCAUAAAAAUUCUUUAUAGAAAGAAAUGAUUCUAAUAAAAUAUUAAUAAGAGAUAGUGGAGAAUUGUGGAAGAAUGAAUUUAAAGUUAAUCAAAAUAAAAUACUUUAUAUGAUAUCUUUGAAUGAUUCUUAUAAAAUAUUUGAUACAGGUAGAGUUAUCAAUUGGCUUAGAAAAUAAUGUAAAUUUACGUAAUUAAAUUAAAAUUAUGAUUUAAUUACUAUUGAUCUACUAGGAACAGAAUAAUUUUCACUUUUUGUUGGUUAAGUCAAUAAGGAAUAUAACAAAUAAUUAAUUUAAUUGAUUAAAUCAAACUUUAAAAUUACUCUUAAUGCAAUUAAAAGAUUUUUAUUAUUAGGUUAAGGAGAGUUUGUUCAUACUUUAAUGGAAUUAUUAUAAACAUAAUUAAAUAAACCAGCAUAAUAAUGUUAUAGACAUACUUUAUUAAGUAUUUUAGAAUCAGCAUUUAAACAUAUAUCAUAAGAGGUUAGAUUAAAUGUUAAACUACUUGAACCUUCUUAAAAUGAUACUGGAUGGGAAAUAUUCUAUUUAGAUUAUACUAUAGAUGAACCUUUGAAUACAAUUUUUAAUUAGAAAAUUAUGUUAUCAUAUUAUAGAAUAUUCAAUUUUUUAUGGAGAAUUAAAAGAGUUGAAUUUACAUUAACUGAAUGUUGA